AUGGGCUCGACUCUCAGCGCCGCCAGCGCGGUGCCCGCAAAGCACUUCCACGUCAAGAAAGUCGCCAUCAUAGGCGCCGGCCCGGCUGGUCUGGCCGCUGCCCGAUACCUCAGAGCCCAAGGCGCCUUCGACUCCAUCACCAUCUUCGAGCAGCAGCACCAGGUCGGCGGCGUCUGGCUCUACAGCGGCCUCAUCCCCAAGGAUGUGCCCGUGCCGCAGCAGGAUCCCUUCUGGGGCCCGGAGCCGUCCAUCUGGCCCGACGGCGCUCCGGCCCCGGUGUUUCCGUCGCCCAUGUAUGAGAGGCUGCAUGCCAAUAUCCCGGGGUGCUUGAUGCGGUUUCAUGAUCGCGAUUUUCCGGGUGAUGCUUGGGUGUUUCCUAAGAGGCAGGAGAUUCAGGAGUAUCUUGUGCGGUAUGCAGAGGAUCUGAGACAUCUCAUCAAGUUCUGCCAUGAGGUGACGCGGGUUGACUUGGAAACCCAGAAUGGAAGAGAUCAGUGGCAUCUAGAGGCAGUCUCGACGUUGAAUGAUGGCCAGGUUAUUCGCGAGACAUACGAUGCCGUUGUCGUCGCAAAUGGGCAUUACUCGGUACCCUUCAUACCGUCCAUCAAGAGGAUUGAAGAGUUCAAGAAGGCUCACCCCUCCAUUAUUAUUCAUUCAAAGCAGUAUCGAAAGAAUGAUAUAUUCAAGGGAAAGAAAGUCGUCGUCGUCGGCAAUGGGCCUUCGGGCCUCGAUGUUGCACUCCAGAUCAAUGAAGUUGCUGGCAGGACGCUCUUGUCAGUAAGACACGCAACAUCGCCCGACAAGCUCGCUCACAUCGGCUGCGAAGAAGUCCCCGAAAUAGUCGAAUUUCUGCCAGAUGAGCGCGGUCUUCUUUUCAAAGACGGAAGCGGAGAGAAGGAUAUAGAUCACAUCGUUUUUUGCACGGGGUUCUUAUUCGGCUAUCCCUUCCUCCCGAAUCUCAACCACAAGAUUAUAACGUCUGGGCGUGGCGUCCACGGUUUGUAUCAGCACUUGUUCCUCAUUCAGCACCCGACGAUAGUUUUCCCAGCUCUCAAUAUGAAAUCUGUACCGUGGCCCCUGGCGGAAGCGCAAGCGGCGGCUUUCUCGGCGGUAUGGGCCAACGACCUGGAGCUGCCCUCGGACGACGAAAUGCAGCGGUGGAGCAAAGAGCUGGAAGAGAGACAAGGAGAAGCAUUGCACACGUAUCCAGAGCUGGGGGAUGAUGGCAAGCACAUCAAUGAGUUUUACGAGUGGACGAAGAAGGCGAAACGUAUUGGCAAGGAGCCGCCGCGAUGGGGUGCCGAGCUUUUCUGGCAGAGGUCCAUUGCUAUGGAAGCCAAGAUCAAGUUUGAAGACGAGGGGUGUAAAGCCAAGACGCUGGCCGAGCUUGGCUUCCACUAUGAGCCUGGCAAGGAGCAAGUAAAUGGGAUAGAGGCAAGUAAAAAAUAA